CUGUGAACUGAUAUUUCCACCCAUUACGUGCGUAUAUGUGCGUUACACUUUCUCGCGCUCUCAAAUGAAGACAAAACAAUGUAUAAAUGAAUUUGAAAACACAAAUAUUAAUGAUUUUUUCUUCGAUUGCAUAUACUUGUAUGCACUUUCAUGGAUCAAUGGAAUUUUAGUCUUGAAUUGAAGUUCAAUAAUGUCGCAUCUCAUCGAAUUUGAAGAACGUGAAAGUGCAUUUCAGAAUAGAUUGCACACUUUUGGCAUUAUAAAUCGUGGACAUAAAGAAAUCGAAGAUUUUUUUGAAGAUGCAUUUUUCUAUUUUGAUUCUAAUGUUAAAUCUAUUUUGGAUGAUCAUUAUCUAAUUAAAGUAUCAGUGUGUUUACAUGCAAUAUUUGAAAAGAAAGUUAUGACAAGUGAUGGUGUAGAGGAAUGUGUCACGCAGCCAAUGUAUCUCCAUACAAAUAUGGAAAUAGUAGAUUUUGAAACUGAACUAAAACAAUUCUACGACGAAUAUAUUGUAACUGUUGUUCAAAAUAGAAUAAGUGAAAUCGAAUUACGGGGUAGCGGUUUUACAUUGAAAGAAAUCAUUGAUAUGGAAACACAAACGAGCAGCUACGAUCCGUAUAACGGUGCUUCAUACAUGAAGUUGCCGAAAAAACUUGAGAACAAAAAAGCCAUUAUUAAUGUGCAAAAUAAGGAUGAGAAAUGCUUUAUGUACGCCAUACUAUCAGCGCUUCAUUCAGAUUUGAAAAAUCCUCAACGUGUGAAAACUUAUAAAAAUUAUCUGAAUGAACUGAAUUUUGAGGGCUUAAAUUUCCCCAUCGGCUUAAAAGAGUUAAAAAAAUUUGAACAACAAAAUUCAACGAUAUCAGUGAACGUAUAUAUGUGGAGCGAAAAAAAUGAAAAAGUACGCCCCUUGCGUUUAACAAAAAAUGUAAAAGCCAAUCAUGUGCACUUGUUGUUGUUAUCAAAAAAUGUUGGUGAUACCGAUGGGGUGAAAACACAUUAUUGUUGGAUAAAAAAUUUGAGUGCGUUAAUAGGCAAACAAAUUUCGAAAAAUUGCCGCAAAAAACUAUUCUGUGACAGAUGUUUGAACCAUUUUGUCUGUUUCCAAGCACUUGAGCAGCACAAGAUGGCAUGCAUGAACCAAAACGAAUGCCAAAUCAUCAUGCCUAUUCCAGGGGUAAACGACUCGAUUCAAUUUGUUAAUUUUCAAAAACAGAUACCAGUCGAAUUCGUUGUUUAUGCUGACGUUGAAUCGGUUUUACGAACACCAAAUGAUGAUGAAAAACCAUUCGAUAGCGAAAAAACUGAGACCAAUCAAAAACAUGAUGUGUUUAGUAUUGGUUAUUUCUGUGCUGCCGAUUAUGGUGAAUCAAAAUAUCAUUUCAAUCGGGGAGCGAAUUGUAUUGAGUGGUUUGUGAAUGAGAUGGAAAAUCUCGGACAUGCUGCAAGCGCAGUAUUAUCACGAAAAGUCCCCAUGAGAUUGAGUGAUGAAGAACAAGUACUUUUUAUAUGGAGUGAUGAUUGUCACAUCUGUGGAAAAAAUAUCUACAAUGAAGAUGAUAAGGUGCGUGAUCACUGCCAUAGGACCGGUGAAUUUCGCGGGGCUGCACAUAGUAAAUGCAAUCUUAAAUACCAACGAGCUAAACACAUAACUGUGGUAUUUCAUAACUUAUCAAAUUAUGAUUCACACUUCAUCAUAAAAGCAUUCACCCAAAACAUAGAUGGUGAAGUUUCGGUGAUACCACGCAACGAUGAAGUGUAUAUUUCAUUUUCAAAACAUAUUGAUUCAACGCGAAACAAAGUUGAAGGAUUCUGCGGUGUAAAAUUGCGUUUCAUCGACUCUUUACGUUUUAUGCGUUCGUCAUUGGAUUAUUUAGCAUCAACACUCCCAUUGGAAAAGAAAAAAAUUCUACGAGCUGAAUUCAAAGAUUUGAACGAUGAGAAAAUGAGGCUGCUCCAGCGGAAAGGUGUUUUUUGCUAUGAUUAUCUCGACUCAGUUGAAAAGUUGAAUGAAACAUCUCUACCACCGAAAGAAAAAUUCUUUAACACGCUAAACAAUUCUGGUAUAACCGAUGAAGAAUAUGCACAUGCUGAAAAGGUUUGGGAAACAUUCAACAUUAAAACAUUGGGUGAAUACUCCGAUUUAUAUUUAAAAACGGACAUUUUGUUGCUUGCUGAUAUAUUUGAAAAUUUUCGAGACAAAUGCUUUUCAAUAUAUCAACUUGACCCAGCCCACUAUUUCACAGCACCUGGGUUAUCGUUUGAUGCCAUGCUAAAGCAAACAAAAGUCGAACUCGAUCUCAUAACUGAUGUUGAUAUGUUGUUAUUUAUCGAACGCGGGAUUCGCGGUGGGAUUAGCCAAUGUAGCAAAAGGUACGCACGAGCCAACAACAAGUACACUGAAAACCAUGAUCCAGAGCUUGAGUCCAAUUUUUUAAUGUAUUUAGAUGCCAAUAAUUUGUAUGGAUGGAGCAUGCUACAAUAUCUGCCUCAUAGCGAUUUCAGAUGGAACCAUGAAGAGUUCACAGCGGCCGACAUCAUGGCAUUACGAGAUGAUUCAUGCAUGGGGUACAUCUUUGAAGUAGAUCUAGAAUACCCACAACAUCUGCAUGACACCCAUAAAGACUACCCAUUUUGCUGUGAAAACAAAACGGAUGUUGAAAUGCGCAUUGAAACAUGGUUUAGUUUUGAAAAAAGUGCACAAAGUACUACAAUUCAAGCAAUCGCAAUGGCUCAAGCCAUACAUUGA